UAAACUCUCACUAGCUAGCCGCGUGCGCGAGCGACGACAGAAGCUGUCGAUCUGUCCCCUCGAGAAACUUUUUCGGAGCUUUCGCCCCGUCCCAAGUGAACUCUGUCCAGCGGUGUGGACAAAGAAGCUGCAAGGUGAUCCUUGCUUGGAUUUCCGCGUUUGGUGCACCAAAGCCACAAACUCUCCGCUCCUAAGCCAUGGCAGACGCCACACUGAAGAGAGUCUUCGAGGAGUACGCGGCCUUCGGACGCCCCGGCCAAACCAAAGACAUAACCAGCAAGAAUUUCACCAAGCUCUUCAAGGAGAAGGGGCUGAUUGACAGCAAGAAGCUGGACGGCACAGAGGUGGAUAUAAUCUUUGCAAGGGCCAAAGGUGGACCAGGCAACAAGGUGUUGACCUUUGAGCUGUUCAAGAAAGCGCUGGUCAUGGCUGGCAAAUCCAAGUACGGCACUGAGUCGGACGAAAACACAGAAAAGAUCAAAAGCAAGGUCAUAGCAGGAGGCGGGCCGUCCACACCCAACACAACGGGUACCUCCAGGGUCGGGGCCGUGGAUAGGUUGACCGACACCUCCAAGUACACCGGCUCGCACAAGGAGCGCUUUGACGAGAGAGGCAAAGGCAGAGGCUUGGAGGGGCGGAAGGACCUGAAAAGAGAUACAGGCUACGUGACAAACUACAAGGGGGAAGGGACGUACGACACCACACACUAGACAGGACCGGUGAGUCCAACGAUCCUGCUGUGCCGUGGGAAUAGAUUUCUGCUAGUGUAUUGGUUGAGAAAGGACUGUGUGACACGGAAGAAAUUUAUCUAGACCACCGGUGGACCCCCUGGGAAGAUUGGAAAUUUCCAAACAUCUGAUCGUGUUGUGUUUACAGUUGAAUGCUUGGAGUUGUGUACUCUUUCUCAUUUAUUUAUUUAUUGAAGUCUUAGUUAAUGAGGGUAAGCUCCACCAAUGCACAGCACUGCUGUCCAAAGAGGCCCUCAAUGAAAAUACAAUCAGUAAAAAUAAAAAUUAUUAUAAAAACCAUUCCACUUAAAAAGCACAGCAAAAAACAGUUUCCUUACAAUGAAGUUACAUAGAACAUUAAUACGGGAAAGAGAAAAAUUGUAAAUAAAUCAAACUUAAAAUACAAAUAGACAAAAAAAUGAGAUCAUUGGCAGACCUUUAGAACAGGUUCCGGAUCGCACACUAUUGUUAAUAAGAUAAGAUGACAUGAUUAAUUGGUUCGAUGACAUAGUUUGGCAAAUAAUUCAAAUUGUCAGUUAAUUAUCUGAAUUGAAAUAUGUGCAGGCCUUGAUAUGCUUCUCAUGUAUGUCGAAUGGCACUUUAAUGUGCAAUCUGCAUGAUCUGUUUUUAUUAACCUUCAAGCAAUGGACUGCAUAAAAUGCAGACACUAUGCUGUGUGGCUUGUUUAUGAGAGCAAGACAGAAACAUACGCAUAUCAAAUGUGUACGAGACCUACAGUUUUUCCAGCGGAAUGUGCACAAAAGUCACACCAUUGAGAGAAAUGCAGAUUAUUCCCCCCUCCCCCGGUUCUGUAUGUUUCUAAAUGUCAUUUCUUUGUUUCGUAUUCACCAGGAUGACUGCUUGAUGACUACUAUUUUUCUAGUGUACGAUCCUCAAGGUGUCAUCAACCCUGAUCGCUGAACCUUGUACUCAAAAUGGAGUGAUGUUUGUCACUAAGUUUGCUCUUUCCACAGCUUGGUUGAUCAGCCUGCUAAGAUGACAUGAACUACACGUUGAAGCUGGUUGGACACCUGGCAGGGCUCAACAUUUCAAUUUUUCUUCCCAAUAAUUAGUAAUCAAAAGAAUCUUAUUGUGCAAAUGCUAUCACACGCACAAAUUCAAAACGUUUUUGGAGCAGGAAUUCGUCAUUCCAAGCAUUAGAUACUGACUGUCCGGUCUGUUGGUUUUACCCAUUGGCCUUGCAGUAAUAUCCCUGUGCCAACAUUAGAUAACCCUAUGGUGUAUUACCUGAAUGAUAGGUCUAGUGUCUGGUUAAUCCUCUCCCGACAAGAACUCAUCACGUGAAAAGGAAGGUUCACCCCCUUUUCUUUAAGCAUAAACUCAAUGGAUAAUUUAUGUGUGUGUUUCCAUUGACUGCUAGUGCCUGCUAUUCAAUAUCUGUGCCGUUCUCAGAUCAGGACUGAUGACAUGGUUAAAACUUCCAGGGACUACGUAGCGACAGUAAUACAGUAAUCAUCGAGUCUGUUUGUUUCCAUAGCAACUGAUACCUAGCUUUAGCUGAAUUUCAUAGUUUGACUGAGAGUCUUUUUCAGCAGAUGCCCCUGUCCACUUUCCAAAUUUUUCCUUCCGCAGUUUUUAAUCGUGCUCCAGCUCUGAAAUUUCUUGUACAGAUUUCUAGUGGAGUGUAGUAAGAAGCAGUUUGUUUGAAUUAUGUGGCAAUCGUGAACUCUUAAAUUUGAUAGGUCGUGUUCCUAAGUUCCAACAGUAAUUAAUUGAAACAGCUCGAUAAUGAAAUUCUAUUGAUUUUGAUGAUUACAUUGAAACCAAAACUAAAUUUGAACUAAUUUUUAAGAGAAAGACAACAAAUUCACCAAAUAUUUUGAAAUAAAUUAUUGUUUUUUUUUAUCACGAUUAUUUUAAGUGCACCUUUACACAAACUUAUGCAAAGAUAUCGAUAUGCAAGUCAACAAAAACCAAAUGGAGAAUUUAUUUUGUCUACUAUUCCUGUCUUUCAUUUGCUCAAGACCAAGAUUUGGCUUCAACUGAGACUACCACGCUGCCAUAAAUAUUCAUGAAAAAUGUCACAACAAAAAGUGUGACCGAUAAUUUUUUUUUUUUUGCUCAGAUGAAUUUAGCCUUCAUCAAUACGUUUGUCAGCUUGUAGUGUAAUAAUACAAGCAAAUAAAAUGAAACCAUACGCAGUCCUUUUUUUUCUCUGUAAUAACAGCCGAUCUCCUUGCCAGUUUUCAAAAUAACUACUGCUUUUUCAACCUGGUAAGUCUUAAAUCUUCCCAUUUUUAUGAAACACCCUGGAGUUAGUGUUAAAUGAACACUGAAUUCUGAAGCAACCUCAAUACAUGUUUUGUGCCUUGAACAAAAAUAAAAUGAUUACAUCAUAUUUCAUAUUCUUAUAAAUAGAAACAAAGUAUAUACAUGGACGUGCAUAAGUUUACCGCUCGUAGAUAAACAAUAAAAGAAAAAAGAUUGUUUUAAAGUUUGGCUGCUGUCUUAUGCAAUUGCUGAAACCACGAUACUUGCUGGGCGUCUGCUUACGUUUUAACCAGGUGCAAUGUGAUUUCCAAUAUUUUCAGACGACUCACUCCAGCAGACUUGCCCGAUGCAGUUUUAUUUCAAUUCGAUCCGAGCUUGUCAUAUUAUGAGAAGGAUGUAUUUUGACACUUGCAUUAUUCAUGGCAUGACUUCUGCAGGCUGUAUUUUCUUUUUUGUAGUUGUUGAGGUAUUUAUGAAGACUUGUAUUUGUUCUUUAAAAAUGCUGUUAUCUUUCCGUACUUGCAUGCUGCUUUAUGUGACCAAAUGUGGGCAGUUAGCAGGGUUAAGAUAAAAAGUAGAGCAGAAUUAAUGCUACUUCCUUCAAUCUAAUAUUCAUAUAUUCAAAUAUUAUUUACAUGUGUGAUAUUAUUAUGCAAUGAGGUAGAAAAAUGUGCGCAGCUCUAACGGAUAAUGUGAUCUAAAAUUGUGCAGCUUUCCAAAUAUUAAGUAUAAUCAGCCGCUUCUACUGUUGCAUUGCAGAGCAGGAUUGAAGUGCUGGAAAAAAUUUAUUUUGUUAUUUCUACGGCCAAUUACGACUUGAGUGGCAGCCCUAGCUUUGAGAAAUUGAAGGGAAAAUAAUCAGAUAGAAACCUAUUUUACUGAGUUCUGAAAACAAGCAGAAAUUCCCUGCAAUUUUUGACCUAUCAGAAAUAAUGUGUUUACACCGAUCGGUACCACCUCUUGAGAUUUAAUUGUCGAUUAUUCUUCUUAUGGGCUUUGUCGUGUUUGUAGCAUGGAUUUUAGACAUGAAAUACUUUGUCAAUUUUUUGGCCUGUGAGGGUAGAUUUGCCAACAAAUUUAAAUCCACCGGAAUUGUACACUUUGGAAGCUUCAUAGCAUCAGUGCUCAAUUGGUCUAAAUCCAAGGACAGGAAAAAGAAUAUUUCACUGGUGCUCAACAAAUCCUGAGAUUUUAAUGGAUCUUUUUAAAGGUCUAAGAAAGGAAAGGCUUUGGGAUUUGUUUACUUGACAACUUGAAUUCUCCAAGUUCAAUCAAUUUUUUUUCAUUUCCUCAAGGGGUUAGAGUUCAACCGAACCAAUGUUCUUUUCAGCAUGCUUUGCAAUUCAAAAGGUCAUUUCUGCAAUGGUAAAAAACAGGUCAAGUACGUAAUCUCAGAUUGAGCAAUUCUAUUUUUAACAGUAUUAUUAUAAAACUUUCCUUAUAUGCAUUGAAAGUAGUGACAUACUUCAAGUUAUUUUUAUCAUUUUGUAGACUACAAUUGGGUACCCUUUUUUUAAUUUCAUUGUGAACUUCGCUGCAAUUUUGAAUGCUAAGUCUGCAAUAAAACUUUGAAGUAACAAA